CGCGCGUGCGCGGCGCGUGAGGCGGCGGAGGAGGCGGGGGAAAAUGGCGGACGGCAGAGCCCAGGGGGAGAAGGCGAAGCGGCCGCAGCCCGCAGGAGGACCUGAAGAAGAGGCAGAAAAACCUGUGAAAACUAAGACUGUUUCUUCCAGUAAUGGAGGAGAAAGUUCGAGUCGCAGCGCAGAGAAACGGGCAGCUAAUGAAGAAGCUGAAGACUUCACCACAAAGCCUGCUCCUGCCAAAAUGUCCAAGUUUGGAUUUUCCAUAGGCAGUCAGACAACAAAGAAGGCAUCUGCAAUAUCCAUCAAACUGGGAGCAAAUAAGCCUAAAGAGCCUGUUCCAACCCUGGCUCCAAAAACCCUUUCUGUAGCAGCAGCUUUCAACGAAGAUGAAGAUAGCGAACCAGAGGAGAUGCCCCCCGAAGCCAAGAUGCGCAUGAAGAACAUUGGAAGGGAUACACCAACCUCAGCAGGACCAAAUUCAUUCAACAAAGGAAAGCAUGGAUUUUCUGACAACCAGAAGCUAUGGGAACGAAAUAUAAAAUCUCAUCUUGGAAAUGUCCAUGACCAAGAAAAUAACUAAAUGAUGUGGAUUACAAGUUGGGUGUUUUGGGGGGAGGGGAGGGUGUAACAUUAAAGGAACAGUUUCCUUUUUUAAGAAUGGUAUGAGACUAUCUUUGGAGCCACUUUUUUAAGACUUUGAGUGGUACACUAAUAAAUGAGUUUGAAAUUAGAGGUAAUUUAUGUUUUGUAUACAGAUUUCAAGGCAUUUGCUAAUUUUGUAGUUCAUGUGAUUAGUUCCAAAAGGUUACAGAUAAUAAAGAAAUUGGAGUGGUACCUUUUUAAGAUAA